GGACUGCUGUUGCAUCAUGAGCAUCUCACUCACUGUGUGAAUCAACAGUUGUCCUUCUUUGCCUUUAUUUUCCCCUCAAAUGGACAAUUAAAUAAUACAAUGGUGCGGUUUGAUAAGCAUACCAAUUAAAUUAUUCAUUUUUUUUGAGUUGUGUAUAUUUUAAUAUUAAUAAUGUACAAAAAACUUAGCAUAUAGUACUAAAUUAAUUAAUUAACCAUAUGUUUUCCAGCAAAUUGUAGUUGUCUCCAAUGUUGGAUCUCUUUCUCUACUUCACUCACUCAUUCUUUCUCUGCAACUAAUUCACAUUUUUCCUAUGAUGUUUCUAUUUAUUUUUUUCAACUAAGAAGAAAAAACACUAACCUUAAUUAUCAUAAUUCAUAUUCAACUUUGGUCAACAAAAAAAAAUAGUUUUGAUAUUCAACACCAACGUCUCUUUUGUAUAUGUUUUGAUUAUUACAUAUUUUGUAACGCUUAUUACACUAUUUACUACCAUCUUUGACUUGGCUUCUUCUUUUGCAAAAUUUCCUUUUCUCUUUCUUUUUGAUUUUUUUAAUUAUUAUAUAUAUUAUGUGAAAGCUUUGCCUUAUGUGCGUUUCUCUUCUAUAUUUUUCUUUGCAACCUUUUUCUUUGUUCUUAUGAUGAAUAUAACAUAAUAUAAGAACACAAAACCCUUGUCUUGAAAUCUUGUUUUUUUCAUCAAAAUUAAUUUCUAUGAUUUUUGAAUGGUGAUCAAGUCUCAGGAUGUGAUGGCUUUUGGUUUCUUUGCUUGGAGUUCUUUCAUCCGGUUAAGCAGCAUAGCAUAUUUUUCUCAGAUAGGGAAUUGAUUGUGAAGUGUUAAGAGGAUUUUGGAGUUGAGUCAAAAACAAAAAAGAAAGAGGAUUUUGGAGAACAUAGAAAAAGUCUUAUUUGUGAAUGACCUAUUAUGACUAAAAAAGCAUUGCCAGUUCCAAAUUUUGGUAGUGACUUUUGCAUUAGUUACCAUAACUCUUCAUCACAAAAGAUGAGAAUUAUUGAAUUGUUACCACCCUCCAACGGCAACGGUUCUUCAAAAGAAGAAGAAGAACCUUUACCUCAGGAUGCAGAUUAUGUAUUAAGUCUCAGCGACGAGCUAGAGACUUCGAUCUUGGCAAGAUUUCCAAGAUCAUUACACUGGAAACUAUGUUUUCUAAACAAGAGAUUCUUGUCUCUAAUGAAAAGCGGCGAAAUCUACAAAAUAAGGAAGGAGUUAGGACUCAAAGAACCGUCGGUUUUCAUGUUAGCUAGCGGGGAAAGCAAUUGGUGGGGUAUGGAUUGGCCUUUCAAAUCAAGCAGGAAGCUUCCGAGGAUUCAAUCAGAUUACAGCUUUGAAUUUGGUGAUAAAGAGUCAUUCUCUGCAGGGUCACAGUUAUUGGUUUCAGGCAAAGAAAUCGAAGGAGCAGUUAUUUGGAGGUACGAUUCGGAAACUAAUGAAUGGUUUAAAGGGCCAUUCAUGAUCAAUCCAAGGUGUCUAUUUGCUUCGGCUAGUUCUGGUAAUUUCGCUUUUGUUGCCGGUGGAUUAGAAACAAACACUUAUAGCGAAGUAUUGGAUACUGCUGAGAAAUAUGACUCGAAAAGCAAAACUUGGAAACCGUUACCAAAGAUGAAUCUAAAGAGAAAAUUUUGUUCUGGUUGUUACAUGGAUAAGAGAUUCUAUGUUAUUGGUGGACAAGACGAGAAUAAAAAGGAUUUAACUUGCGGAGAGUUUUUCGACGAAAAGACAAAUACAUGGAACUUGAUUCCUGAUAUGUUGAAAGAUAUUCCGCUUUCGGUUUCACUUUCGAUUUCACAGUCUCCGCCUCUAAUAGCUGUUGUUAAUAAUGAGCUUUACACACUCGACGCGUCUUCUAACGAGUUGAAAGUUUACAUUAAAGGGAUGAAUAAGUGGAAGAAGUUAGGUGUUGUUCCGGUUAGAGCCGAUGAACAAGGUGGUUGGGGUGUGGCAUUUAAAUCACUCGGUGAUCAGUUACUUGUUAUUGGUGCGCCUUCGGUUUCGCAUAAAGAGCGUGCUUUGGCAAUUUAUACUUGUUCUCCUGAUCCUGAAGGUGAGAGAUUGAAAUGGAAGCAAAUUGAUUGUGGAAGUGUUCAGCUUAAUCAUUUCAUUAGGAACUGUGCUGUUAUGAUGGGAAGUUCUUGAAAGGUAAAAUGUAAAGCACUGACACUUCAGAUCGAAGGCGUGUCUGUGUCAGAGUUUCGUGAUGAAGCCAAUCUUUAAAAUAAAACUUGGAAGGUUUAUUUAGUUUAAUGUGGAGGUGUAUUUAGAUGAAUCUUAUGUGCUUCUUGUUAUUUGAUCUUUAUUUCUAAUGUUAUAUGUUUUGAUGUGUAAUUUGUUCCUUUGCAUCUAUGAAUAUGGCAAGGGAGUGAAAUUGGUAACUAAGUUACUUCUGUUGUUGGUGAAGAAAAUUCAGAUUAUGAGCUUUAAUUGGCCUCUCAAAUGCUAAUUUUUCAUAAAUUAUUCUGAUA